CUCAAUAGACGAUGUUUAUUGAUUAGAAAAUGCAGAAUCAAUGAGAUUUAUUGAUCACAAUCCCACAAAAGCAAGCAAACCGAUAUCAAAAACAAGCAAACAAAUGGUAACGUGAUGCUAGAUUUGAGUUUGUCAAUCUCAGAAUCCCCGCAUUACGUUACAGCACAACUAGUCGUCCCUUAGAAAUGAAAAUCGCUUACCGUGACAAACGAGUGGGAAGCCAACAACACUCCAGUAAAGCGGCAAAAGGACAAAGGCCAGGCGAUCCGUACGUGACCCGCUGGUAGACCUCACUGGUCGCCCGGAAAUGUUCGGCUUUUGUAGGGACGCACCCCUCAGAGGCGGAGAGGCCAACUUCCGCCCCCAAGCGGCGCGGCCCCGUCAAAUCACAAACAUUUAAGCUACUUUUGGUUCAGCCCCCUUGAAAAAGGGCUUUUCACAUGGGACAAAUGAGUUGUGCUGCAACAGAUGCCAACAAAUGGUAAAUAUUAUGGGUGCAAAACAAGUUAUCUCUAUGGGACCCAGGCGUGUAAUUAUGGGACCCAAGUGUGUCCAAACAAGUAAUCUCGUGAGAUUCUCAAGCGCGUCUCCUAACUAUGGGAACAAGGUGAAAAACAAUAGAAGUUGUUACAAUCUAUGUCACAGAAGCAAUCAUACAUCACAAAAGCAUAAUGUAAUAUUUUCCCCUAUCAGCCGGCGCCACAGUGAAUAUAAAGAUGAGCCGCACAUUCGCCAUAUUUACGAAAUAAAUACUACCUGCACAGUUUCUUUUGCUCUUAACCAAGAAUCGAGACUGUUUUAUGUCCAUAUCUAUAAAUAAUUCAAGGGUUUAAGCAUUUAUUCACAAGAAUUUUCGCCAAUCCGACUGGGAGAGCCUGACAGCGAUGCUGCCAGACGUCUAGCGGCGUCAAUGGCAGCCUUAGUUAAAUUGGUGCAACCCUCCAAAGAUGCAUGUUGUUGGCGAUAACGUCAAUAUCGUAUGUGCGUCUGUACCUAAUGAAGUGUCCCUCAUGCAGUGUAGCCAGUCAGCCGUGAGAGGGCGUGAGGCAGACCCCCAUGCACCCGCUGCAAUCGCAGACAAAUAGGGGCACGCGGGAAGGGGGCGGAGGUGCCGAUGUGGUGGUGGAGUGAGAGAGUCUCACACGCGGAGAGGGAGAAGUGGAAGGCUGCGUGCUGCGAGGAGUGCGUUUGGACGUCGUGGAUUAUACGUGCGUGGGCAGGAUGCUUGGAGUUUGGUCGCACGGUUGCUGGAUGUAUCGCAGCAUGCUUCUUUCAGCGUGCACCUAAACGCACCGUCUAUGUUGAUGUGGAUCUUCAUUUAAAAACAAAAACAUCAUCCCUCGUCUCUUCUUACGCGUGAUGCUGGGAGAAAAGUUUGGGAGGAGACGUAGAAGAAUCCCCCCCUCGACACCACCAGCAGAAGACCCCCGUGAUGACUUGAGGAGUCGUCGCUGAGGAUCCAAGGUGCAGCCAAGACGACGGUGGAGGAAAAAUAAAUAAAUAGAAAAAAAGUCUCAAACCUUCAAGAAGAGAAAUCGAAGCUCUAUGAUGGCAAUCAAGUGCGGAGCGAUGGAGGUGCUGAUCCUGACCGCGCUCUCCUGGAUGUGCGUUUGGGCCGAGGAGAAGAUCAUCUUUGACAGGCACUCCGUCUAUUGGAACAGCUCCAACCCCAAGUUUUGGCAUGGUGAAUAUCGGGUGGCGGUGAACAUCAACGACUACCUGGACAUCUACUGCCCGUACUACGAGGGGCCGCCCAACCACGGCCGCAUGGAGCGCUACAUCUUAUUCAUGGUCAACCACGAGGGCUACACUUCCUGUCAGCACCGACUGCGUGGCUUCAAGCGCUGGGAGUGUAACCGACCCAGCGGAGCCGACGGACCUCUCAGAUUCUCCGAGAAGUUCCAGCUCUUCACGCCCUUCUCGCUCGGAUUCGAGUUCAGGCCCGGCCACGAAUACUACUACAUCUCGUCUCCUCACCCGAACCACGUGGGCCGAGCGUGUCUAAAGCUGAAGGUGUAUGUCAGACCUCCUGAUGGCUCAGGAUACGAUUCUCCAGAGCCCUUCCUGACCGACAGCGGUCCAAGCUGGAGACCCGUCUCCCCGGCCCCAGUAGCCACUCUGGCCUGGCUGUUGCUGGGACUCUUAUCCUGGCUGUGACCCCUCACUCCCCACACUUCCUGGAGCUCCCGCCCCGGAUUGCCAGGCUGGGCCGGGCCGGGCCGAGCUGGGCUGGCUGUCCCCCUAGACUUCACCACCUCCCUCAGGGAAGCCCUUUGACCCGCCCCGUCCACCUUUCUUCCCACCCCCACUUUUCUUCAAUGCGACCACCAGCCGCCACCACUGCCAGCCCCCCUCCCCGCCCUCCGUGGCCCAGCUAGGGACACCCUUCCCAGGCUUGGCAAGUCUGCUGGGUCUACCGGAUACGUUGCACUCUGGGAAAUGUCCUUUCACUCGUAUCAGGAUCUUCUUUGGUUGUGACUAAAGACUCAUGGCCAGUUACGAGGUAGAUGUAGCCAUGGAUAUGAUUAAACUUGUCAUCCACCCAGAAGGUCGGCCUGGAUGCACAAAACAGUUUUUGUACUCCCAAAGCCUGAAGCGCGAGUAGCCAUGCCUACAUUUUUUUUUUUUUUUUUACAA